CCCAGUCCCUGCUCCCGGCCGAGGCGUAGGUCCGGGUGCGAAGAAUAGCAGAGGCCGCUGCGAGGGGAGCGGAGGCCGCUGCGAGGGGAGCGGAGGCGGUGGUUGCGCCUUAAACGGGAUGCCCCUAUCCCCCAGCCCCGCUGACGCCCGCUCCACGCCACCCGUGAGAGGCCCCAGGUGAGGGGCGGGGCCGCCGGCCGCCCCGCCCCUCCCUCCGCCUGUCUCUCCCCGCCCGGCCCGGUGCUGCCCGGGUCCCGCGGGCCGCUCGGUUCUAGUCCCAGGCUGGGCAGUGGAACCGGCAUCGCUGGGGCUGCGGCCGGCGACGGGGAACCCCGUGGCGGGGGCUGGAGCGCGUGUAGGGGGCAACGGGACACCUGCGGAUACCGGCCCUGCCUACUCAGAGGGAGGGUCCUCCGUCCAGGCGUAGGGGAAGGAGGGAGCCCAGCCUCGGCCACCCGCAGCUCCGUGUGAUGUUUGGGAGACAAGGCUGGUCUCUAAGGCCCCCUACAUCACUUCCCCCCCAGGAGGAGCCAGUCUCAGGAGACCCCUUUCUCCAGAGCCUGGGAGCCAUGACCCUUUGGAGGUGACCCAGGAGGGCGGGAUGCAGACCUGCAGUCCUCCGGAUGAGGGGCCCCUGCGCGGACUGGUGGCGUCCCGCAUUGAGACCUACGGGGGCCGGCUUCGGGCUGCUGCCCAGAGCCCCAGUGGCGGCCUUCAUCGAGGAGGCGUCGUGCUGGAUCCCGGUCUCCGACACCUCCAGCACUAUAUCCCCUUCACCAAGACUUCCGGCCUGAGCCUAUCUCCCCUGAGGUUGCGAGAACCUGAGCCCCAGAAGAGAUAUGGAGACCAUCUGGGAGCUGGCCCUCCUCUCUCCCCCAGACUCAAGGAAGUCACUCAGGCCCACGAGCUGGAGGUGAGGCUGCACACGUUCAGCAUGUUUGGGAUGCCCCGCCUGCCCCCUGAGGACCGGCGGCACUGGGAGAUAGGAGAGGGCGGCGACAGUGGCCUGGCCAUAGAGAAGUCCUGGAGGGAGCUGGUGCCUGGGCAUAAGGAGAUGAGCCGAGAGCUUUGCCACCAGCAGGAAGCACUGUGGGAGCUGCUGACCACCGAGCUGAUCUACGUGAGGAAGCUCAAGAUCAUGACAGAUCUCCUGGCCGCCGGACUGUUGAACUUGCAACGAGUGGGGCUGCUGACGGAAGUAUCGGUGGAGACCCUGUUUGGAAAUGUCCCCAGCCUGAUCCGAGCCCACCGCAGCUUUUGGGAGGAGGUGCUGGGGCCCACCCUAGAGGAGACGCGUGCCUCGGGCCGACCCCUGAACCCCGUCAGCCUGCAAAGUGGCUUCCUGACAUUUGGCCAGCGGUUCCAGCCCUAUGUCCGUUACUGCCUGCGAGUGAAGCAGACCAUGGCUUACGCCCGGGAGCAGCAAGACACUAACCCUCUCUUCCAUGCCUUUGUGCAGUGGUGUGAAAAGCACAAGAACUCAGGGAGGCAGAUGCUGGGGGACUUGCUCAUCAAACCUCACCAGCGCAUCACCAAGUACCCCCUGCUGCUCCAGGCUGUGCUGAAGAGGAGCCCCGAAGCUCAAACCCAGGAGGCCCUGGGUGCCAUGAUUGCAGCUGUGGAGUCUUUCUUGCGACACAUCAACGGGCAGGUCCGCCAGGGUGAGGAGCAGGAGAGCUUGCUGGCUGUGGCCCAGCGCAUUGGGCCCUACGAGGUGCUGGAGCCAUCCAGUGACGAGGUGGAGAAGAGCCUUCGUCCAUUCUCGACCCUGGACUUGACAUCCCCCAUACAGGGGGUAGGACCUGAGCACACCAGGCAGCUGCUGCUUGAGGGACCAGUGCGUGUGAAGGAAGGCCGAGAAGGCAAGCUGGAUGUGUACCUGUUCCUCUUCUCCGAUACACUCCUGGUGACCAAGCCUCAGCGCAAAGCAGACAAAGCCAAGGUCAUCCGCCCUCCACUCAUGCUGGAGAAGCUUGUGUGCCGGCCACUGCGAGACCCCAGCAGCUUCUUGGCCAUCCACCUCACAGAAUUCCAGUGUGUCUCUAAUGCCCUCAUUGUGCACUGCGCCUGUCCAACAACUCGUGCCCGAUGGCUGCAGAAGAUCCAGCAGGCCCAGGCCAGCCUACAGAAGCUGAAGGCAGAGGAGUACGUGCAGCAGAAGAGGGAGCUCCUGGCCCUCUACCGGGACGGGGACCAGGACACCAGGCCCUCCACGCCGUCCCUGGAGGGCUCUCAGAGCAGUGCAGAGGGAAGGACCUCUGAGUUCUCAGCCGUCAUCCCCCAGCUGGUGGUGACGGAAGACACGGAUGAGGAUGCCCCCUCCGUUCCCGACGAUGCCUCGGACUCAGGCUACGGCACUUUGAUCCCAAGCUCCCCCAAGGGACCCCACUCUCCACUCAACCGCCUGCGCUCCAGGGCCUUCCGGCGAGACCCCCGCCUCACCUUCUCCACCCUGGAACUCAGAGAUGUUCCCCUGCGGCCCCAGCCGCCUGACCCCAAAGCUGCUCAACGCCGAAGCGCCCCCGAGCUGCCGGAAGACAUCCAAACAGGAGUCAGCCAUCCGGGGACGGACCCGCGCCCCUGGUCGCAGGAGGAAGAUGGGGUCUCGGUGGGCGAGAACGUGGUGGCGGAAACCCUGCACAGGGCCCGGCUUCGUGGCCAGCUCUGCCCCUCCCCUCCCCACACGGACUCGGCCGGGGAAAGCCCCUGGGAGUCCUCUGCCGACGAGGAAGAAGAGGGGCCUCCGUUCUCUGGGCCAGCCCGCAGGCCGUGCGUCCGGCCGCUCAGCGCUGAGGACAUGCUCCGACAGAUCCGGGAGGAACUGGCCACGCAAAGGAUCGAGGGAGCUACAGAGCCCGGGGACGGCAAGCCUCGGAAGCUGACCCGCGCCCAGCUGCAGAGGAUGCGGGGUCCGCAAGUCAUACAGUUGGACACGCCCUUGUCCACUUCAGAGGUGUGAGCAUCGGGGAGGAAGGCUCUCCCGGAGAGUGCUGGUCACCCCUGCCCCCACACUACCUCAAGGACCACACUUCCCGGCACCUGCCUUCUGCUGCGAGGACUCUGGCCAUCUGGCCAUCAGGAACUGUAGAUUUAUGUACCAUAGACACCCCUGCGCCCCCCAUAAAGUUGUGCAUAAAAACG